AUGGGGAUCGCUCAUUACGAAGGUGCUCGCCUUCGGCCUCGCACCAACAUUGAAGAUGUCUCUUCAGCUUCCGAAAAUGGAGUCGCAUCGUCUUCCUCGAUCUUUCGCCGACUCGUCACCCGGGAAAAUUGCGCAGCAACGGACAGUUGUGCAGCAGCUAGCGCCAACACGAACUUGGUAGUUCCCAUCGUUGUCGCUAUUGUGGUUCCUAUCGUUCUGAUCGCAAUCUUCUUGUACUACCUCCACCGUAAGAACAUGAAGAGGCAGAUGCUUGAGGAUGCCAAUGAUCCUCACAAGAGCCUGGAUUUUGGACUCGACGAGGCGGGCGGAAAGAGGUCUACCCGUCGAAGUAUCUUUAUGGGAGGGGGUGAGAAGGGCCUCAACCAUAAACCCAGUCAGCUCUCGAUGGACAUGAACCUCUCUUCGCCCUACCUGCUGCCACCCGGUCUGCAGGAGUCGCGAGAGUCGCUCAAUUCGUUGGCUAAGUCUUUGGGAAAUGAUAAUCAGGACCCUUACCAGUAUGUUGCGACCAUCACGCAAAGCGAGACCGGCUCAUUGCGGUCCUUUAAUCCCAAGGAUUCCCUCUCGCACAAUACUAAAUUCAGUAGUCCUCGUAACUCUGGCAAGCCUGGUAGCAUGAAACCCCCAUCUCGCAUGAACUCCCUGCCUGAGACUCCUGUCUCUGCCACCGACUCCAAGGUCGAUCCUUUCGGCACUCCCAAGGCGCCUGCGCCAACCCACCAGCCGAACUCUCACUUCGACGAGAAGGAUGGAUUCCAGCCUGCCCCAAUCAUCCCUGAGAUUGGAGUGGUUUCCGAUUUUGAUGAGAAGCGUGACGGCGCCUCCGUACAGCCACCUCCCGCAGUGAGGAGCAAGACUCCCGACUUUGAGUUGCCCAACUUCUCCUCGGAGCCCGCCAACGAUUUCCCUCUACCUCCUGCCAGGGAGCAUGAGGCCACCGGUCUGGGUUUGAACUUCUCUCUUCCUCAGCCUAAAUCCCCAACUGUGACUUCCCCUGAUGCUCCCAAGUCCGCUCCUCUUCCCCACGACCGCCAGAGCGAUGGUUCCAACUACCAGUCCUACACCCCCGCGGCUGACAUUUCAAGUUACUACGAAGACCAUGAGGACGAUUCCCGUGGUCGCACUAUGCAACGUACCUCAUUCGUGGAGGAUACACCUCAGUACCAAGGCCUAGGAGUUCCCCAGCAGGAUAACAAGAGACUCUCAGUCGGAUUCCGUCCUCUUCCUCCGGAUGAGAUCACAGAGUCCGAGGACCCCGAAUACCGUGCCAACCGUAUCCGUUCUUUCUAUAAGGAGUACUUCGAGGAUACCAAGGAGGCACCACCGCCAAUGCCUCCCAUGCCCCCAAUGGCUCAGGGCAGACCCGGCCCUAAGUAUUACGAGGAUGUUGACCAAGGCUACAUGAUGGGUGGUGAUGGAGCUUACUUUGAUCCUGAGACAAAUGCCUUUGUCAUGCCCUAUGCCCAGCCUGUCACUCGCCGUGCCAUGACACCUCCCCCAGCUGGCCGACGCCCUGGACCUGGUCGUCCCGGACCUCGUCCUCGUGGUCCCAACGGUUCUAUCGGUGGUAUGAGCUACCAGAGCGGACCUGGAGGACGUUCACGCGCUGGUUCUGCUCUUGGCCCUCGACCUGAUUCUUCAGCCUCAGCUCGCAUCCGACAACCCCCCAGGAAGAGACUCCCACCACCCGCACCCUUGACCACCCUCCCAACCCCCUCCAAGCUCAAGGAUGAUAACAUCGCCCUCAUCAACGCUGCUGACUUUGCUCCUCCCAACACCAUCCGUGACACUGCAGCUGGUCGCUCUCAAAGUCCUUUCGGCGAGCGACGACCCUACUCGCCCUCUGUUCCUGCUGCCCAGACUCUUGUCUCGCCUUUCGAGGAGUUGACGGCUCUCCCCAGCCCUCACCUUCUCCGCAAAUCCAGCACAUUCACUGGACUUGACUUCGCACCUCCCAAGAGAUUCAAGGAUUCCGACAACAUGAGCGACGCUGGAAGCAUCAGGAGUAACCGUAGCGGCAUGUCCCAGGCUCAGCUUGGUGCCAUCCGCAACGGAGCUGGACGUGUAAGUCGCCUGCCUGGCGACCAAGUGUUCACCCAACAAGCGCUGCAAGAUACACUGAAGCCUUCAUGGGGAAUCCGACCUUGA